GUGAAUUUCUACUACUAACGUCAAACCGCUCAGGGUCCGCUGAAGAGUCGAGCCCGCUGAAAGCCCGGGGAUGGAAAAUGUACGAUAAGCUGUGUCUGAAAACUCCGUGCAGAUUGCUGUGACGUUCUGAGUGAAGAUGGCAUUAUUUCAGAACAACUUCUGGGGGGAGAAGAAUGCCGGCUUUGAUGUGCUCUACCACAACAUGAAACAUGGCCAGCUGGCAACCAAGGAACUCGCCGAGUUUGUCCGAGAGAGGGCUGCUAUCGAGGAGACUUACUCUAAGUCAAUGAGUAAACUAGCUAAAAUGGCCAGCAAUGGAAGUCCACAAGGGACUUUUGCUCCCAUGUGGGAUGUUUUCAGGGUGUCUUCAGACAAACUUGCCCUCUGCCACCUCGAGCUGAUGAAGAAGUUCAACGAUCUCAUCCGCGAUAUCAACAAGUACACAGACGAGCAGGUCAAAAUUCACCGCAAGACUAAGGAGGAGAUGGUGGGGACGGUGGAGGCGGUGCAGGUGCUUCAGGUUCAGAGCGGACAGCUUCAGAAGUCCAAGGAGGGUUACCACGCCAAAUGUUUAGAGCUGGAUCGACUCAGGAAGGAGGGAGGUCCUCAGAAAGAGCUGGAGAAGGCGGAGCUGAAGUCAAAGAAAGCAGCCGAGUCGUUCGCGCUGUGCAUCGAGAAGUACAACCGCGUGGGAGGAGAGUUUGAGCAGAAGAUGAGCGAGUCCGCCCAGAAGUUUCAGGAAAUCGAGGAGGCUCAUCUGCGGCAGAUGAAACAGCUCAUCAAAGGUUACUCCCACUCCAUAGAAGACACCCACGUCCAGGUGGGACAGGUUCACGAAGAAUUCAAGCAGAACGUGGAGAACAUCGGCAUCGAUAACCUCAUUCAGAAAUUUGCUGAACAGAAGGGCACGGGCAAAGAUCGUCCAGCUGCGGUUGGAUUUGAGGAAUACAUGACAGCUUUGGCGCCCGAAGGAGGGAAAAAGAGUCGGGCGAAGGCCUUCAGGAUACCCGGUCUGGGCAAGAGGGACAAAGAGCCAGACUCUGCCGAUUCGGCUGUGACCGAGGCUCUGAAUUCCCCCCUGGAAGUAGACGACGAAGGAUUCGUCAUCCGAGCUGACAGCACUCAGAAUGGCUGCUCCAAGGAGAAGGAGACCAACUUUUACUCCAGCGAUUCAGACUUUGAUGACGAAGAGCCCAAGAAGUUCCACAUUCAGAUCCGACCGGUGGCCAGCAGCAACCGCAGCAGCUCCGUUGCCACAGAGAAGGAGCUCAAAGCUACCGUGGGGGCGCUUACGCUGCCACCCAACAGAGGGCCGAAGCAGCAGGUCAAGCGACAUCUCUCCCGAAACUCGAGUACCGCAGGAGGCCGAUCAGAAGACGGGGACGCUGCCUCCCGCAGGGAUGGAGAGCAGGAGGGCCUUCGCAGGUCCACCUCCAGCCCCGAUCACAGUAGGUUGAGCUCGACAGCGUCGGGCUCGGACAGUCUGUUUGGACCGCCGCUGGAAUCGGCCUUCAAGUCCAAAAGCUUCGACAGCCGGGACCAACUCAGAGAGCGGAGCGCGUUUGGAGCGUCUGAAUAUGCUGCUUUCUCCUCCGACUCCUCGUCUCCGGAGAAUGUUGAGGACUCUGGCCUCGACUCACCCUCCCAUCAGCCCCUCGGACCCUCCCCGAACCAGCAGGCUGGGCGGCCUGGCCUCCUGCAUCGCAGAGAUGACCCUACCGCCGUCUGGUCUGUCGCUCCGUCGCGCCCCUCGCGAGUUCCCCCUGAUAAGGACCCCUCGUCGGUGCGGUUCCCCGCCUUCUCUCAGUCCCUCGCCCCACCAGAGAUGGAGUCAUCAGUGUGGAACUGCAAACACAUCCCACCCGAGGAUCCCUUCCUCGCCGCCUUUGAGAGGACCGUCACCCAGGAGACGUUAAACCUGUCGGACGCCUGGGCGCGCCCUCCGCCUCGCACUGCUCAGGAGGGCAGAGGAAUGGAUCUGCGAGGGGACCCCUUCUCCGUUACCUUAAACGACACCAAGACACUUCCAAGCACUUCCUCUUCCUCUUCAUCCUCCUCGUGCAAUCGGAAAGAGAGGGAGAGGAAGCGGGAUCGCAGCCUCCCGCCUCCCAUUUCUUCCGAUGACCCAUUUGCAAUCACAAUGAUCGGCAGCCCGACGCAUCAGUCGUCGCUGGCGGCAGCUGUUGGGGGGAUCCCUCCACGCGGCGGCACCGGCGGCGGCAGCGGCGGCGGCAGCGGCGGCGCCGCCGGCGCCACCAGACUUGGAUUCGAUGCCAAUUCGAACACUUUACCGUCAGCUCAGCCAAAGAAGGAGCUAACGCACUGGAACUCGCUCCACAACCCAUUUAGUGAAGGCAACGGCUCCAAAUCACAAGAAGCAAGCGGAAAAGGGGAAGGUGGCGGCGGAGAGAGGAGAAAACACCGAUCAUCGGAAGGUGAGCCGCGCAGGAACGCCCCUCCCCUCACGAGGCAUUCGGGGCCCCAGGAGGAUCUCUGCUUUUCAACAGACAAAGAUCAAGACUGUCUGUAUCUCAGCACACAGAUGUCCUGCAGUGUCAGCUCUCGUAAGGGCUCCAAACAUAACUUCAGACAGGACACAGCCGAAGGCGUCACGGCCGCUCCUGCGAGAGCGACCCGAGCCAAGAGGUCUUCGGGUCGACUCGGUGGCUGUGAGAGAUCGCGGUCCCUGUGUUCCUCUCCACUGCCAGAGCCCAGCCCUUCCCUCACCUCCUCCUCCUCUUCCAGUCCCAGUGAGUGGGGGGGUCAGAACCGAGCUCAGAGCCCUGCCGGGGUGGGACAGGCCUCGCCGCUGCCCUUCCAGCACCAGGACCACCAACAGAGACAGUUGCAUCUGUCCAGAGGCCCCAGUCCCAUAUCGCUCAGCACACAGGAGGCGUGGCCAGUAGCAGCAGCCAUUACUGAAUACAUCAACGCCUACUUCAAAGGUGGACAGCACAAUCGCUGUCUGGUGAAGAUCACAGGUGACCUCACGAUGUCCUUCCCAGCAGGCAUCACUCGUAUUUUCACUGCCAAUCCCAACGUUCCCGUGCUCAGCUUCAGACUGGUCAACAUCUCAAAGAUCGAUCACUUUCUGCCCAAUCAAAAGCUUCUCUACAGCGACCCGUCUCAGAGCGACCCCGACGCCAGAGACUUCUGGUUCAAUAUGCAGGCUCUGCAGCUGCACCUGCAGCGAGAGGCCGAAGUCAACCCGCAGGCUUCGUACUACAACGUCGGGCUGUUCAAGUAUCAGGUGUCUUCUCAGGACCCGGGUCGGGCGCCUCUUUUGCUCUCAGCCGAGUGUCAGCGGAGCGGCACGGUGACCAGGGUCUCCCUGGAUUACCACUGCUGCCCCGCCACCGCGCCCUCCACCCAACUCACUGCCGUCCAGGUGCUGCUGCCGUUGGACCACACUGCCACAGACCUGCAGUGCCAGCCGCCCGCCUCCUGGAACGCCGAUGAACGCCGGCUGCUCUGGAAACUGCCCAACCUUUCCCCGACCAACCACAGCAAAGGCUCGGGGACUCUGUGUGCCAGCUGGCAGUGCCUGGAGGUCCCUCGCGGCCCUCCACCCAGCCUGGCUGUUCAGUUUGUGGGCUCUGGGGCCUCGCUGUCGGGCAUGGACGUGGAGUUGGUGGGCAGUCGCUACCGCAUGUCGCUGGUCAAGAAGAGAUUCGCCACAGGGAAGUACAUGGCGGGCUGCUCCUUGUGAAUCAAACUAAAGGACCGUCAGGUUUCUGAACGGGGAUCGCUGAAGGUUCAGAGAACUUUGCACUUUCAGCGCCUGAGUCGAGGAACUCGCUUCCUCCCGUCAGUGUCCUGCUGCUCUCGGACCAAUUCUUUUCUCUAAUUUAUCCCGUGUGCCGUCGUACGUUCAGCUGUCCUCCUCGUCCAGGAAGAAAACUUUUUCCUAUUAAAUCUGUGUCCGUGUUGUUCUGUACGCCUUUGUGUCAAAAGACUGCAGACUGAGAUAUGCUGUUGAUGACUUUUCUUGAAUUAGAGAAAAGUGUGAAUAAAAUAAAACUUUACUGUCCAUGAAAUCUCUACAGCAUCGAGUCAGUUAUGAGCAAACAUCUUGUACAAAACCUUAUAAAAAAACUUGUUUGUAAAUCUGAUGUUUGUGAUGAGAUUUGAUAAAAAUAAAAGAAGUGCUGGAA